GUGUGUGUGUGUUUGUUGCAGGCCUUCCGGGAGGGGUCACGGAAGUCCUCCAGAGUGAAGGGUUCGGCCCCUGACGUGGACCCGAGCGACUCUCCGUCGCUGUGGGAGAGUAAGAUGCAGCUGUGGACGGAGCGCUACGAGGAGGCCAGCAGCAACCAGUACAGCGAGGACGUGCAGACGCUGCUGCGCAUCAAGGAGGCCAGCCACGUCAAGACGCUGGCCUACAACACACACACCGCCAGCUUCAAGCCUCCCGUGGAGAGCCAGCUGCAGCAGAGCAAGCGGGUGCUGAAGGCGGUGCGUGACCUGGCUCCAGAUUCACUCAUCAUCGAAUACAGGGGCAAGUUCAUGCUGCGCCAGCAGUUUGAAGCCAACGGUUACUUCUUUAAAAGGCCGUACCCGUUUGUGUUGUUCUACUCCAAGUUUGACGGGCUGGAGAUGUGCGUGGACGCGCGCAACUUCGGCAACGAUGCACGAUUCAUACGCCGCUCCUGCACCCCUAAUGCUGAGGUGCGUCACGUGGUCGAGGAUGGCAUGCUGCAUUUGUACAUCUAUUCACUGAGACACAUCAGUAAAGGCAGUGAGGUCACCAUUGGAUUUGACUACGACUAUGGCAGCUGUAAAUACAAGGUGGACUGCGCAUGCCUGAUGGACCACGAGUGUCCGGUCUUCAAGCACAACCUGGAGCCCACGGAGAACCUGGGCGGCGGGUGGACUCUCGGCGGCCGGCGCGCCCGCAAGGACAAGGAGCCGCUGCUCCUGGAGCGCGAGGACGGAGGCCAGAACCAGAACCUCAACCUCAACCUGAUGCUGGACGGGGAGGCGGCCAAGAGCAAGAACCUCGGUGACCCCAAGCAGAGGAAGCUCUCGCCGCUGCGCCUGUCCAUCUCCAACAACCAGGAUCCUGAGUUAAUUGAGGAUUUAGAAGAGAAAACCUCCGUUAGCAAUGAAGUAGAGAUGGAAUCAGAGGAGCAGAGUGCUGAAAGGAGGAAGAAGAUGACGCGAGAGGAGCGUAAGAUGGAGGCCAUCCUGCAGGCGUUUGCCCGCAUGGAGAAGCGGGAGAAGCGGCGGGAGCAGGCGCUGGAGCGCAUCGGCACCAAGACUGAACCCGGCACGUGCAGGGACAUCAAAGAGGAGCCGCCCGCCACGCCCGAGCCCGACUCCCCCGCCCCACUACUGCCUCUGUUUGACGCCGUGAAGGAGGAGCCGUGCAUGAGGCCGGUGACGGUCGUCACGGCUGCCAAGGUGAGCCGCUCGAAGCAGCGCAAGUCCUUCUCCCGCGGGCGCACCCACAUCGGGCAGCAGCGGCGGCGGGCACGCACCGUCAGCACCUGCUCCGACCUGCAGCCCGGCUCGCCCUCCGACCUCCUGGAGCCGCUGUCCGCCGACCCCGGCGAGGUGCUCGAGGGCCCCCCCAUCGCCGCCCCGGAGCCCGAGGUGGCCAUGCCCCAGUGCACGCCCGAAGCCAGCCCGCCCUACAGCGGCUCGCCCGCGCCAAUGCCUCGCCACGCCAACAAGUACCCCAAAACCAAAAAGCAGCACUUAGUGAGUGAAUGGAUGGGGGGCGAGAAGCAGCAGGACCAGUGGGCGGUGCGGACCCCGGAGCCCCCUCCGGAGCGGCCCCUGCGCAUCAGCAGCGACCCCGAGGUGCUGGCCACGCAGCUCAACUCUCUCCCGGGCCUGGCGCUCAGCCCGCACGUCUACACCACGCCCAAGCACUACGUGCGCUUCUCCUCGCCCUUCCUGGCGCAGCGCAGCCCCACCGCCCCGGGCCUGCCCACCGGGCGCCGGCGCUCGCGAGAGCUGCCCGAGACGCCGCCCACCACCGGCUCCUGCAAGAAGCGUUGGCUGAAGCAGGCCCUGGAGGAGGAGGGCUCCCCCUGCCCCGGAGGUCAGCUCAUGCUGCCCAGCGAGGGCCCCCUCAGCCCCCCCCUCAACGGCGACUCGGACAGCCCGCUCCCCUUCAACGGCAGCUGCACUCUACCAGAGCUGCCCACCCCUCUGAAGAAGCGUCGCUUGUGUCCGCUGGACGCCUGCAUGUCGGAGAGCUCCACCCCUUACGGCUCGCCGUGCGCCACGCCCACCCGAGCCGACCUAUCAGAUACGCCGAGCACGCCCCUGCUCCUGGCCACUCCUCCCCGCGUGCGGCAGGAAGACGCGGGCACAGAGUCCUUGCCCACCACGCCCACCCACACGCACGUUGCCCCCGGCAACGCAGCGCAGGGCACACUCACGCCGCAGGGGGCGAACACACCCUUCAACGUGCCACAGGAGAGUGAUGCGUCGGAGGAGAACUCCCCAGAAGGCAGCCGGAGAUCCAGUACCCAAGAGGUGGAGCGCGCCCCUUCGCUGCUCUUGUCUCCAACGCUGCUUCCCAUCAUCCUCCCCACCAUCCUCCCUGACGUGGCCCCCCAGGAGCCGAAGCCCGUGGUCACCCUGAGCCCCGAGCCCGACCCCCAGGAGCCAGCGGCGGCCCCAGACGAGGGAGCGGAGCCGGUGGCCGACGCCAGCGCAGGGGGGGACCCCCUCCAGCCCUCGGACGCCACCACCCCGACCUACCCGCCCUGGAUGAAGAGCCCGGAGCGCAGCGGUGGUGGUGGUGGUGCUGCCAGCGGCCUGUCUUUCUCUCCAAUCAACUCCAACCUGCGCGACCUGACGCCCUCCCACACGCUGGAGAUGGGUGCCUUCCGGCACGACGCCACGGGGACGGGGCCCAAUGCGGUCGCCGGCACGGCCGGCGCGGCAGCAGCGGCCUUCAUCGAGGGAGCCGCCGUCUUCUUCCCCGGAGAGGAGGGGGGGCAGUUGGGUUUCAGCCGCUCGCUCAGCGCAGACAGCAGCGGGGAGGGAGGGAGCACCGCCCAGAACCCCCCACCCAAGAAAAAGGUGUCUUUGCUGGAGUACAGGAAGAGGCAGCGCGAGGCUCGGCGCAGCGGCUCAAAGGCCGAGUGCAGCUCCCCGGUCGCCACGGUGCCGCCCGCGGAAAUGUUCCCCGUCGCCAUAGAGACGGUCCCCGAGCCGCCGGCUCCAGUGGCGGUGGCACCCGCACCCGCACCCACACCCACGCCCCCCCAGGCCAGCGAGGAGGGGGGCGACAGCACACCCCAGGGGGAGAGAGAGGGGGGAGAAGCACAGUGGACGUCUUCUACAUCAGUGGAACAGGCCAGAGAGCGCGGCUACCACAGAGCCCUGUUGCUAAGUGACCAUCGCAAGGACAAGGAUGCAGAUGGUCCAGAGGCAGAGGAUGGCGCACCUGUGAGGGACUGUCCCUCUCCCAAGAGCUGCAAGAGUCCCUCUACACACCCGCCGUGUUCUCCUGGUCCCAGCGCUCGCCCCCUGAAGGAGGAAGAGUCGGACACCCCUCCCCGCCCCCCUCCCCAGCAGGCUGUCUCCAAGACGACCCCCUCCUCCAAAGCGGCGCCCCUCACCCCGAUCAGGAUGCACCCCUCGCCGGCCCCCCAGGGCCACUACGCCGCCCCCCCUCGUCGCUCCUGCACUCCCCCAAACCGCAGCAGCAGCCCCAGGGCUCGCCCUUCCGAGGCCAGCGCUCCUUCCACUCUGCCCAGCCGCCCGGCCAACCCCAGGCCCAGGCUUCGCCCGCGGUGCCCACGGCGUUCGCCCAGUACAGCAGCGCCCAGAGUGUGCCGCCUCCACCACCCCCCCCACCGCCUGCGCCCCCGGCUUCGGCCACCUACUUCCCGGCCCAGACCGCCCCGACGACCGUCCCCUUCCAGGGGUUCCAGCCCGGCGUGGCACCACCACCUCCACCUCCGCCGCCCCCACCACCGUUCGCGCCGAGCUCCCAGACGCUGCUGCAGCCGCUCCACACGCCGCUGCACUACCAGAACGCGGCCGCCCCACCCCCCCCUCCUCCUCCGCCCCCCCACCCUCAACCAGGCCCCGCCCUGCUGCACGUCACCAUGACGCCGCUGCCCAUCCAGCACCAGGUGCUGCUCAGCUC